GGCACCUGCCCAAUGCUACUAAAACCUGCUAUUAGUUCUAGGAAAUUAGUGGCUGACAGAUUCUUAAUCAAGUUUUUAAUUUAACUGAUUUAUAUUCUCAGCAUGUUCUAUUUGAUUUUUUUUUCUCUUUUUUUUUUCCUGUCAUUGCAAUUUUGACAUUAUCCAACUGAACAUGUUUUUGGGACAAUUUUUUUCUGGCCAAGCAACUACAUUUGAAACAUGGAAUAAAAUGGAUAAGUUAAGAAACAAAUGCAAUUUUUUGUCUUCUAGGGAAUGUCUCUGGCCAGGCCAUAUAUGUGUUUCUGGGUUGGAGCAAAAAUCAGUGCUGGAGAAUAUUAAGCAGCAUACAGUUACCCACAUUUGCAGAACAUGUUUUAAUAAUUGAUAACAAGUAAGCUUUACCUUGAUGAUGUAAGCGUAGGUCAUUUUCUUUUAACCCAUGUUUAUAAUCUUCCUGAAAUGAGCUUUAGUUAAUGUACAUGGCACUGGUAUUGCAUUAAUGCAGCUGCACCCAUAGAGGUGAUGGCUGAUGCAUUGCAUGCACAGUGUAAGGUCCCCACUGGUGCUGCAGGAUGCUGGGGCCACUUUGAGUGUGAUCGUGGAACUCAGCCUUCCCCUACUGCUCCUGCCACAAGAGUUCUGCUGCUGUUAAGGCAAAAGUACAAAAGUAUUUCUCACAGGAGGGAAGAAUUCAGGCAACAUUUCAGCAAGGAGGCAAUGAAAUGUAUGAUAAAAAAAGAUAGGAGCAAUACUUGACUUUGGUGUAACCCCUGUGCAAUCAUUGUCUCUCACUUCGGAUAAGAUUCAUCUGGUUGGCUGGAAGAGGCUGCUGACAAGCACGUGCACAGCAGCUGAAGAAACCUCACCUUUGUAAAGUGCUUUUAAAUGAAGGAUUUUAGAAGGACAAUGGCAAAAGCUGUCAUGAAACUCCAUAUGGAAAACCAGUUCUUCUUUAGGUCAUACAAGAAGAGAGACUAAUCUAGGCUGAACAGCAACCAGUUACAACACAGUUUAAAUGUUAAAGAAGAAAUUAUUUGAUUUCAAGUAGAAUGGCUGAGUUCUGAAACAGCAGUUUCGCAGAAUGUAGGGAAAAAAUUUGGCUGCAUUUAGGUUCUAUCAUCGUCACCACAUGAGGGGAGAGGAAGUUAAGCCGCAAAGUUGACACGCUUUCAUUUGGUGUUUUGCUGAUCUUCAACCAAGGCAGCCUGAUGCAAAUGCUAAUAAUUCUGCAUGAUGAUUAUACUUCCAAUGAAACUUCUUUUAACAGUGUGUUUUGGCUGCUUAGCUACAGGUUCCAAUAAUUCAAGAGUCAUCCAAACACCAACAAAUAUAAAUCUGUUAGUUGGAGACAAUACUGAAAUCACUUGUAUUUGGGAAAAAGCUAUUGAGAGGUGUAGAGUACACUGGUAUUUUGUUAAUAAAGUGAACAUCAGUAAAACUAUAUCGUCAAAACUUUUCUAUUCAUCCAACAUCACCCGUGAAAACAAGGAUGUGCUAGUCAUCAAAUCUGCCAAUGUAAAUGACACUGGAUUUUACUACUGUGAGAUAAUUAUUGAAAUACCUUGCUUUAAGAAACUACGUGGAAAUGGGACAACAGUGAUUGUUGAAGAGAAAGUACAUCACAGAGGUUUGGAAGCAUGGGCCAUCCUUCCUGUUUUGGUGGCAAUGGGAAGCGUAUAUCUUUGCUACAAGAAGAAACAGCUCUCCACCCUAUCUGGUGCUGCACAGAUUCCUGUGCUGACAGAAAGGCAAGAGCAGGAGCAGAGAAUUGAGGUGGAAGAGCUUCACGGGAGAAAUGAAUCCACCAGGGAAGCAGCUGAGGCAAACUCAUCAUCUAAUUCUGCUGAAUGGGCCGUGUGUAAGCUUUAUGAAUCACUUGAAAUUUUUUGCAAUGACGCAAGAGGAAAAGAUGACAAAUCCACUGUGACUAUUGUAUCUAAUGAGCAAAUCCCACAGACUAGGGCAGCUGAAAAGUCUAGAAUGAGACAAGGAUCUGCCAUCUAGAUCUGCCAAGGUAGAUCUGCCAUCUACCUUGACAUUCAGAACUAAACAAAAUAUGGCUAAAUAACUAUGAAACUGAAAAAUAUGAUAAUUUGCUGCUGCAAGAUGGAUUACGUGUUUCCUGUCAAAGGCUUGUCAGUGGGACAAUAUGCAAGAAAAAAGUUGACUCUCAGUAGUUUUUGAAUGUUUUGUCACUAACAAAGCACUCUAAGGAGUCUCUGAAUUUGAAGGAUGUAAUUUAGAAGACUACCUUCAGCUCUUCCUCUGGUGUCCAGAAAUACUGUGUUUACCAUACUUUGAAAAAAACUUCUGAACUGAGCAACAUUCUUCAACACAAGCAUUUCUUCAGGAAGCCCUGAUGCAUGAACAGGAGAUGGUAGAGAAAACAAUGCAUGGAGUCUGAGCUCUGAAACUGUCGUCAGUUCUGAACACAUUAUAGAAAGAAGUAUGUCAGAAAGGAUUAUAUUCCUGUGGAAAGGGACUAUUAGUGUUAAUUCAUUCACAAACUAGGAAAAGUCUGCCAGAGAAAGAAGUCUCCUACACACAAUGAAAUUCUAGAUUUAAAUGAAGCUACAUUAUAGAGAAUCUAUAAUUAUUAUCUAACUGGUUGAGGAAGGCUGCUUGGAAGAGAUAGGGGUGAUAAUGCUUGUUCCACUUUUGCCAGCUUUAAAACCUUUUUUAAAAUCACUGAAGAAAAACCAAAGUUGAAAAAAUGAAGGAGAACCUGGCUUCCAAGGUAAGAACACAGGGGAGAAGUUUUGACAGCAAAGCUCAUGGCAGUUGUCCAAGGGCUGCUGAAUGCCAAGAGUGGAUAUCUUGAAAUGUGAAUAUGUUUAUGUACCAGGAUUAUGUCAUCUUCUGUUAAUGUUUUUUUCAGAGCUUAGCUGGAGGUUAGAACAUCUUGCCAUCAGUGUGGGUAGAAACAACUUCACUGGAGAUUUUUGUCCAGCUUGUACCUGGGCAGUGCAAUAGACACAAACCAGCUUUCCCAGAGCCCUUCAAAACUGCUUGUGUAGCCUAAAUGCGUGACUGGCUUCUUACUAAAUACUGUUAAUGAAAUAUUUCUGGCCAUACAGCACAACUCGUGGUGUGGCUCUGUGCUGUACUGACUGCAGCUCACUAAGCUACCUCUCAAAUUACUGUAAUUCAGUUGUGUCUCACUCUGUGCUAUGGAUCCUCUUUCUUGGGUUGUUCUGUAACCUGUCCUGAAUUUCCUACUGCAAUAAAUAUGCUGCUGUCUGAACUAGACUGUAAGCAGUGUUCUGUGAUUAUGUCUUGUAUGAGAGAGACUGUUAUAAUACAUCUCAUGGUAUUUAUGUGUUAAUUGAAUAAAGGAAAAGAAUGUUCUUUUUUUCUUCCUAAA